AUGUUUUUUAAAUUUAUCAUACUUGUUGUUUCAAUAUCAUCCCUUGUGAAAGGUGACAACUACGCAACUUACCCGCAAGUUCCAAAAACGGCUUCUUACAAUGGGUUUGCUGACCCAAUUAUUGAUGUUUUACCCGAUUGUGCUAAAGAGUGUGUUAAGUAUAGUACUGGCAACACGCCUUGUCCAAACUGGGAUACUGGUUGUCUUUGUGUUAUGCCACAAUGGUCAGGUUUAGUUGGACAAUGUAUUGCCAAAAAUUGUACUGGUUCCGAUGUUCAAAGCGCUAGGUACUGGACAACUUCAUUGUGCUCAACCGUGGGAGCUAAUACCUGGUGGAUGCCUGCGUCUAUUUCCACAAUGUUGUCAACUGCAGCAGAGGGAGCAGCAGAGAUUACUACUAUAUCUGACAAGACAGCCAGGUCAUGGGUUGUAGCAUCGGGAAGUUCAGAUACAAAUAUUAUCACCGAGUCUAGUGGGGUUGCUGAAUCUGGUUUUGAGUCUUCUGUGAAUAAUACUAAUAAUAAUUCAUCAAGCAUUGUCUCUUCAGUUGCCUCUUCGGCAGCUAGUUUUACAGAGUCUACAUCAAACAUGGCAGUUUUAGGAGCCAGUGGGUUAGGAGGCGCCAUCAUUUGUCUAUUGGCUAGUUUCCUUGUAUAG